GUGUCAAUCAAACCUGUCAAAAACUAUAAACCAAGUUCAAUUAAUAAAUAAAAUGCUACAAAAAUAAAACCCGCGUAUGCAAAACACACUGGUGUAAAUUAAGAAUUAAACAUGAACCCGAAUAAAUAAAAAUAGAUAAUAAAUACAAUAAAAAGUAGUAACAAAAGGUUCUAAAUGAUGGCCAACUUAAGAACGGGGACGACGUUUAUCAUGCGACAAGAAUUACCUAAAGAAAGUCCCACACCACCGAAGCCCGAACCCGCCCCAGACGAUGCAGAGAAGACCUCUGUUGAGACACCAGACAGCGAAAAUACAAACUCGUCGUACUUCUCCGCGGACGGCAGCUUGCUGAGUCGCGAGGUAGACUGCUGGAUACAAGGCUGGGAGGCCGACCCCAACAUCAGCGUUAAUGCAAAGCGAAGAGUGCCCACGGUCCAGCGGUCAACUCUGACCACUCACGACAGUCUGUACUCGUCAAGACUAUACUACGCCUUGGCCAUGAUGAUGCCCGUUUUUCGCUCACAGCAGCGGGCCAUUUGGUCUUGUUCACCGAGUAUCAUGUUAACAACAAUGCGAUCCGUCUUUGCCUACGUGGCGGAGGCUUACAACAGGAUUCGAGGUCAAUUUCAACGCCACUUCACGGAACAUAAUGUCCAUGACUUUCUGAGCACAGUUCUAGACGUACUCUUGAUUGUAUACGCAGUCGGAUUUCUUAUCAUUUCGAUGUACGAAUCAGCUGUCAUGCCAUGAUAUUUAAUAUUGUUUUAAUACUUCCUGUACGUUAAAUGUAGUAAACUCUAGAUGUAUAUCUGAAGGAACGAUUCAUCAACUAUUGUCUAUUCAAUAUUAAAAUCUCAAACCCAAUAUUUUAUUUAAACUUUAA